AGUAGCAGCCACACCACCGCAACCCAGCAAAUCCACCGCCUCGAUCGUCUCCUCCUUUUUCUCCUCCUCCUCCUCCUCUUUCGUUCUCGAUCUAAAUUCCCCGAAUCCUCCGAUCUCGGAUCCGAUUCCUCACACCUUCGAGUCCUAGAUCCCCUCCCCCGAUCUCCUCGCUGCGAUCGCCGCUUCCGAAAUGGCCAACGCAGCGUCAGGAAUGGCUGUUGAUGAUGAUUGCAAGCUGAAAUUCCUCGAAUUGAAGGCGAAGAGGACUCACCGCUUCAUAAUUUUCAAGAUUGAUGAGAAGCUGAAGCAGGUUGUAGUGGAAAAGCUUGGCGAGCCAUCUUCAAGCUAUGAGGAUUUCACUGCUAACCUCCCUGCCAACGAAUGCAGAUAUGCAAUUUAUGACUUUGAUUUUGUCACUGAAGAGAAUGUCCAGAAAAGCAGGAUCUUCUUCAUUGCAUGGUCUCCUGACAUUUCGAGAGUGAGAAGCAAGAUGCUUUAUGCCAGCUCAAAGGACAGGUUCAAGAGAGAGCUAGAUGGUAUCCAGGUGGAGCUGCAAGCUACUGAUCCUUCUGAGAUGGACCUCGAUGUCAUCAGAGGCCGUGCCAAUUGAAUACCAGCAGCGGAGGUAUUCUCCCUGCACUUUGGUUUGGUUUGGUGAAUGUUUAUAGUAUGUGGGAGGGUUGAUUUGGUCGAUAUAAUAUGGCUUGUUGUCUAUGUUAUAAAUACCUUAUUGCUUCUGAUGAAUCUUUAUGCCAUUUGGAGGUCAUGCAAGUUGAGCAUUCGCAGUGGAGAUGUUUUCCCUGUGCUUUGCUAGAUUUGAUUAAUGUUCACACUUCAUGGAAUGAUGGAUUUGGUAGACUAUAUGGCUUGUGUAGGCUAUUAAGUACUUCUUGCCCUAUUGGAAUUGUUUCUCACUUGAGUUACA